AUGACAGAUAAUAGUGGCUUGAACCUGGUGGCCUAUACUCUGACAGAAGAGAAAUCAAGCAAUAGACCUCCUCUCUUUAAUAGAAAGAACUACACUUAUUGGAAGAAAAGAAAGAAGAUCUUUAUUCAAUCAGUAGAUUAUAGACUCUGGAAAAUAAUCUUCGAAGGUCGUCAAUUUCCAACCACUACAAGAGCUGAUGGUGUGGUUUCUCUCAAAGGUGAAGGCAGUUGGACUGAAGAAGACAGAAAAAAGGUGGAGCUCAAUGCCAAGGCUAUCAACUUGCUCAACUGUACAAUCAGUUUCGAGGAAUACCGAUGGGUAUCAAGAUGCACAACAGCAAAGGAAAUCUGGGACAAACUUCAAAUCACUCAUGAAGGACCAACUCUAGUGAAGAAGACUAGAAUAGACAUGCUAAACAGAGAGUAUGAAAUGUUCUCAAUGAAGGAAGGAGAAAUGAUAGAUGAAUUGUUUGAAAGAUUCAACAUCAUCAUCAAUGGCUUGGAUGCUAUGGGGAUCACAAAUCCAGAAUCUGUGCUUAUGAAGAGAAUUUUGAAAAGUCUUACAAAAGAAUGGGAAACUAAGACAAUAGUGAUAUCUGAGAGUAGUGGUCUUGAUUCCAUGACUUAUGAUGAUUUGAGAGGAAAUUUACUUGCUUUUGAACACACAUACUUGAAAAAAGAUACAAAAAAGAAAGGAAUAUCUCUCAAAUCUGUUACUAACCCUCUGGAUAAUAAAUCCAGUGAUAACUCUUCUGAAAAUGAUUUUAUUUUGUUUGCUAAGAAAUUCAGAAAAAUGGUAAAAAUGAAGGAAAGAAACAAAGGAAGCAACUCAAGGAAGAAGGAUCUCAGCAAAGUGAUCUGCUAUAAAUGCAAAGAGGCUGGACACUUCAAAUCUAAUUGCCCCAAACUGAAGAAAGAAGAGAAGCCGAAAGAAGGAAGGAAGAAGGAACUCAUGGAUUCUUGGAAAAACUUGGAAAACGAUUAUGAUGAAGAUGAAGAAUCUGAAACCAAGUCUCAAACUUGCCUCAUGGCAGAUCACGUGGAACAGGUAGUUUUCCCUAACCCUGACACUGAAGACCUUCAUCUCAUGAUAGAUCACCUUUCUGAAAAGAUUAGAUGCUUCCUAAGAGAAAAUCAAGAUCUUGAGUCUCAAAUUGCUAUUCUAAAAGCUGAAAAUGAUUUUUUGAAAGAUAAACUAAGGGAGGCUGAAACUGCUGUUGAACUUGUUGAAGAAAACAAGCAGUUACAAGCUCAAAUUAAAAUUUGUGAAUACCACCAUUCGGUAACUGCAAAUCUGAAUUAUUUUGAAGAAAAUAAGUGGCUGCAUAAAGAGAUAAAAAGGCUUAAAGAAGACUUAACCAACUUUGCUCAAAGCUCAGAAAAUUUAAAUAAACUCUUGGCUAGUCAAAAACCUCUUUAUGAUAAAGCUGGGUUGGGUUUUCAUAAAUUUGGAAAAUCUGUUGAAAAAUCUUCUUUUACAAACAUGACAUCAUCUUCAAAUGAUGUAAGGUUUCAAAACUCAACAAGCUUUGUGAAAACAGCAACUCAUAGAUUUUGUAGAUUAUGCAACCGGAAUGGACACUUUCCUAUUCAAUGUUUCUUUAGUGAAAGAAUAAUUGGAGACAAAGUUUGCCUAGCAUCCAAGCGGAAGGACAACAUGUGGUAUAUGGAUAGUGGAUGCUCUAAGCACAUGACCGGAAAGGCAACCUUCUUCAUUAAGCUUGAUGAAUAUGAUAGAGGGUUUGUCACUUUCGGUGAUAAUGGAAAAGGAAAGAUGGUGGCCAUAGAAAAAGUUGGUAAAAGCUUCUCUUCCUUCAUAAAUGAUGUUUUACCUGUUGAUGGGCUGAAACACAAUUUACUAAGCAUUAGCCAAUUAUGUGAUCUUGGUUAUGAAUUUAUUUUUAGAAAAUUAGAUUGCUUAGUUAUUUGUGAAAAAUCUGGAAAAAUCUUGUUUGAAGCUAAAAGGUGUAAUAAUGUGUAUGGAUUGACUCUUAAGGAUUUAAAAGAUCAAAAUGUGACAUGUUUUACAUCAUUUGAAUCUGAAAAAUGGCUUUGGCAUAAGAAAUUGGGUAUGCAAGUGACAUCCCCCUCUUUGUCGAGAGCUUGGAACGUCGGUUUCCCAUCUCGCCCUCACGAGCCAUUCCAGAUCACGCCCCAGCUAUCCACACGAGGACCACUCCGAACCGUUCGGUACCCGACUUAUUGA